AUGGAGUUUGAACUCUCCUUUUUGUGUAUUUUCCUCUUCAUUGCUUCCCUCAUUUUGUGCAUCUUAUUAUCUACAAGAAACUCAAAAUCCAUCUUCAAUAAUUUGCCACUCCCUCCCGGUUCGACCGGUCUACCGGUACUUGGAGAAACAUUAGAGUUUUCCUCAAUGGGGAAGAGAGGCAUUCCUGAAAAAUUCUUGAUGGAUAGGAUGAACAAAUACUCACACCAAGUGUUCAAAACCUCAUUACUAGGUGAAAUAACUGCGGUUUGUUGUGGUGUUUCCGGUAAUAAGUUUCUCUUCUCGUCUUCUCAUCAAAACAAUGACCUCAUUGCAUUUUCAUGGCCUAGUAGCGCCAAGAAAAUCUUCCCGCAUUCGGGAGAAACUACGAAAACAAUUAAUCACAACGCGAUGAGAUUCCGUAGCAUAUUCUUUGGAUUUUUCAAGCUGGAAAUGCUACAAAAUUGUGUCGUGUUGGUUGAUGUUGUUGCUAAAGAACACUUGGAAAAUCAUUGGAAUAUGGAACAAAAAGAAGUCAAUGUUGUAUCAAUGGUGAAGCUGUUUGCCUUUACAUCCGCAUGUCGGCUAUUUUUGAACCUAGAAAAUCGUGACGAGAUCGAUCACUUGGCAGCGCCAUUCGAAGAAAUCGUUGCCGGGAUUUUCUCAAUUCCAGUCAACCUUCCCGGGACAGCAUGUCGCCGGGGAAUCAAAGCCGCGAAUGCCAUUAGAAAGAAGCUAGUUGAAAUUAUUAGAGAAAAAAAGAAAAAAGGCAUGAUGGAUAAUCAAGAUUGUUUGUCACAUUUACUAACAGUGACGGAUGGUAAUGACAGAUUGUCAACCGAAUUAGAAGUUGCUGAUCAAAUUUUGGCUUCACUAGCUGGGAGCAGGGAUUCCACAACUUCAGCAAUCACUUUUAUCAUGAAAUAUCUUGCUGAAUUCCCUCAUAUCUACCACGAAGUCUUGAAAGAGCAAAGAAGUAUAGCAGAAGCAAAAUCUUCUUCAGGGGAGCCACUUAACUGGAAAGACCUACAGAAAAUGAAGUACACUUGGAAUGUGGCUAGUGAAGUAUUGAGAUUGUUGCCUCCAGUUCAGGGAAAUUUCCGAGAGGCCUUAGUUGACUUGAAUUAUUCAGACUUUUUCAUUCCCAAGGGAUGGAAGCUAUAUUGGAGUCCGCAUACCACACAUCGAAACCCGGAAUAUUUUCCAGAACCAGAAAAGUUUGAUCCAUCAAGAUUUGAAAGAACGCAUCCAAUUCCUUACGCUUAUGUUCCUUUUGGAGGAGGAUCGCGAGUGUGCCCGGGCAAAGACAUUGCGCGAUUAGUCAUACUUGUGUUUAUGUACAACGUUGUUGGGAAAUUUAGAUGGGAAAAGAUGAUCCCUGAUGAGGAAAUUAUGGUGUUACCUGUUCCUUUUCCAGUAAAGGGACUCCCUAUUCGUCUGUAUCCCAAUCAAAAAUCUUAAUUGUAAAGAUAAAUUAUAGAAUUCAAG